AUUAAGCAUCCGCGUUUAUCGCAUACCUUUUUGUGACAUAUUGGUCACCGGUAUGGCGUGCAUACAAGAUCCCGAUGUCGUGGAACACUUCAGCAGCAAGCUGGAAGAGAUACGGAGCAAACUGCUCAGUCAGGCCGUAGGCGAGAUGAUUGACACGGAGGAAGAGCUGCGUCAAGCGCACAAACAGUUCUUCAAGUCGGUGAAAGAUACAUGCUCAAAGAAAUGCAAGGAGGAUGAGACCAUGUUCGAAACUUUUCAGAUAUACAGAAGAGACUUGGAGCACAUCCGUGCCCUCACGAAAGAGAAGCGAGGAAGCAUUCCAGAUACAUUGUCAGAGCUAGAGGAAAAGGAGAUUCAAAAGGAAACCAUGAUCAGAAACAUUAACAGGCUGAAGGAAGGCCAAGCCAAGAAGAGGGAAUUGAUUAUUUCCCAGAACAAAGCAAAUAAAGCCAGGCUGAAAAAUCUGAACAAAGCUAAGCAGGUGUUCCAGGACUGGCUUGGACUGGAAAUCCGAAAAAUUCAUGGUGAGAAGUUGCAGUUUGUCUUCAGAAACAUCAACCAUAAGGACCCUGAGGGUGCAUACACCUUUAUCCUGAGGAUCAAUGAGGAGGGAUCCUAUGAAGUGGUCUCCUGUGAUCCUCCGUUGGAGAACAUGGGCCUCUUGGAACGCAGACUGCAGGAGACCAAGAACUUCUCUGCGUUCCUGGCCAAUGUCAGAAAGGAAUUCUCAUCUUAA